AAAAAAACUAUAUCCGAAUGUACGCGAAUUAUGAAAUCAUCAUAUUGUUGACGCGUCUUUAAUUUUAUUUUAUUUCCCUCUCCACACACACACACACACACACACACACACACAUACUUUCUCACUUCUUCAAAAAAAAAAAAUUAUCGGUCAUGGAAGGAUUACAAAACGGAUUUAAUGUUACUAUGCAAGCAUUUCAAUUAUUUUCUGAAGUCUAUAGUUUCUGUUAUACCAAUCUCAAAGAAUUAAAUAUACCAUUACCCGAACCAAAUCAAGUUUUGCCAACCAUUAAAUCAAUCACGAAUCAUGUCUUGAAUGUUUCACCCAGUUUUGUUCAAGAAUUAUAUAAACUUGUUUCGAGCGUGGUUGUUCAAUCAAACAUGAUGGGAAUAUUUUUAUCUUUAGUCAUUCUGUACAUUUUUUAUUGCCUCCUAUUAGGAACUUUCCGUUGGAUGUAUCGACUAUUUUAUGGGUUUGUUCGUUUUAGUUUAAUCGUAUUGACAAUUAGUGGAAUUUUAUACAUGAUUCACAUUAAUUUAUAUAAUACAUCUUCUACAAAUGAAAGAAUUACAAGAUCAUAUUAAAUAAAUACUUUUUUUAAAAAAAA